AUGGAUGACGAUGGCUGGCAGCUCCUUCCAAAACCAGCUAAAAGAUUGAAGAAACUGACCUGUUUCGACAAGUGUAUUUUUUGCCAGACGGGUAAUGCUAAUCUGCGAGUUGCAAAGCCUUCUUCACAAGAGAAAAUUGUUUCUGCACUUAAGCAACGACAAGAUUUGAAAUAUUGUUAAACAUUUGCAGGUGUCGCAACGCCUCACACCUAAUGAUCUUUGUCAUGUGGAGGGAAAACACGUUUUGUGGCACUUAUCCUAUUACGAAGCAUUCACCAGCAAGCAAAACCUACCAUUUUCAGAAUCCAAAACGUCAAAUAAUCCUGUUGAUGUCAAAGUUGGCAAACGAGGCGGCACAUUAUUUGAUUGGUCGAAGUGUAUGUUCUGCAGGAACGCAACACGUAAGAAGGACAUAAAUCUUAUAAAUAUUGUCACCUUUGAAGCAUGUAGCACCAUAAAAGAGUCCGUAGAAGCACGAGUGGAUCACCAACUGCUUGAUGUACUUCAAUCAGUUAAUUAUGAUCUUAUCCCAGCAGGAGUGAAAUACCACAAAGCAUGUCAUGCUUCUUAUGUCAGCAAAGUAAAUAUUAAACGCAUGCAGCGCGAUACUUGCACAAUUGAUGAAAACCCUUUUGAUGAAGCCUUUAACCAGCUGGUGAAGACCAUAACGACUGAAAUAAAUAACGGCAAGGCCUACGACAUGAACAUUCUUUUAGCUAUGUUUAAAAAGGAGUUAGAAAAAUUAUGCAAUGCUGGAGAAAGCUACACGAAGCAAAAGCUUAAAGCGCGAUUAGUGGCCCAUUAUAAGGAAGACCUUGUGUUCCACCAGCCACCUCAACAAUCCAAACCGGAGAUAGUGUAUAGCAGUUCCACAUCUUUGGUUGAUAUCGUAAAUGCGGCAAUAUAUCAACUCUCCGCCACCAGACACGACAAGCUGUAUGUCCAAGGAAAAAAUGAAUGCAUCCACGUCCGAGUUCUUCGACAUCUACGCUGUCGCAACUCAAGUGAGACAAGAAGUAAUGAAAUGUAAUGGCAUCGACAUCCAUCCACUUGAUAUCAGUGAUUUAAACCUCCAUACUGCAAAAGAACUUCCACCCCAAAAUCUCUACUGGCUUUUAAGAUGGAUCAUAACUGGAGAGCAUUAUAGCGACCGCAGUUCAUCUUCAAAUGCAAGAAUUCCUGCAGAUGAGCGCAAGAUUAUAAUGGCCGCACAAGCAAAGCUUCCUAAGUACGAAGCGCUUGCCAUGUCAGUCAAGCACAUAACUGGUUCAAAACAGUUGGUAAUUCUGUUGAACAGAAUGGGUCACUGUUCUUCGUACGUGGAAAUUGAACAAGUGGAGACGAGCCUGGUCAAUGAAAGUUUAGCGAGAUCAAAGACUAGUGGUGUUAUAAUCCCAACUAACAUAAAUCCUGGUGUGUUUAUACAAAUGGCGGCUGACAACAACGAUAUUAAUGAAGAGACGCUCGACGGGAAGAAGACAACACAUGCAACCACAAUGGCUAUAUACAGCGCAAGCAGUACGGUAAUCCACUAAGCACCACUUCAGUAAUUAUGCUUGGUAAGUCUUACAAUCGAGGGAUUCGGGCGCACACGCUUACCAUGGAAGUGAUUUUCAGACUUUUGUGGCAAGUCUUCGUGGAAUGGCUGGAAAGGGAAAAAGUUGGACUAAAGAACGGGACAAAGCAACUUAUUCUCGGCAGAAGUAAGGAAUGCCGGAACACAGUUAAACAGGAAGAUUUCUUCGCGGUAAAUUGGUCGGCAUUUCAAGGUUGUAUCGAGUCUCUGAUGCUACUACUUGACACUUUAAAGUUAGAGAGCAGAAAGAAGUCCAAGGUAUUCAACUGCUGGGAAGAUUAUAUCAACAUGGUGCUGUUGCUCUUGCAGUUUCUUGAAGCUGAACGAACUGGGAACUGGAAGCUUCAUCUCUCCGCUACUGCUGCGAUGGUUCCUCAUUUCUUUUCCAUGGACAGGGUCAACUACGCUCUAUGGCUGCCCGUGUACCUUUCCGACAUGAACAUGUUGGAAUCACACCAUCCUGAAGUCUGUCAAAAGUUCAUGGCAGGAAGUCAUAGUGUGAGCCGUUCGAAGCAACCGUUUGCACGAGUUUGGCCCGACAUGGCCCUGGAGCAAUCAAUCAAUCUGGAUUCGAAGUCGUAAGGCGGCAUAAUAGGCAUGAGUACCAACGAAAAUUCGGUAGAGAAAUGGUUUUUAACCAGUCAUGAGAGAGCGGCAAUAACACAAAAACUCAAGACCAUGUGUGGGAUACAGAAUUGCGACAGGAUCGGAACGCACAAAGAAGCAAGUGCGACAAGAGUAACAAGAGUAACAAGAGUAACAAGAGAUGAAAACGAUGUGCAGAAGCUACUUGCUACGUUCAACGGUAAACUCCUCAGUGACCCUUUUCACAAUCCUGAUGAUAUUAUCAACAACGAAGCACCGUUAACUUUGAGUAAUCUUGCCACAGGUAUUGUUCUACCAGAUGCUGAGGCAAAAAGACUUCUUGACGCAGCAGAGUUAGGAAAACAAAGCAUGGAGGGCUUUGUUUCAUCUAGAGUUCAGAGUAAAGAAAUUAAUUUCUUGGAUCCAAUUCAUAAGCUCAAAAUCAAAUCGUUUAGUUCAGUGGCAAAGCUUGUGAUCGCAAGCUUUUCGGUCGCCUUCUCGUAG